GAGUUUUUUUAAGGAAGGGUUUUUUAAGGAGUCGUCUAUGGAGGAAGAGUCCGUAUCUCUUCUCUCUCUUUUCUCACCUGAAACGGAGGCAAAUAGUCACGACGAUUAUUGGAAUCGUCAUUGGUUUUUUUAUAGGCAUAUCGAUUCCUUCUGCUUCAUUGAACAAGAUUAAUAUACCUUCAAACAUUAUAACAUCGCUUGAUGUAGCCAUCACUGACAUUCAUGGAUCCACAUCCACAUCCCCUAAAACCGAAUCGCUUGAAAAUGUCGGAUCCACCACGGUUCCUAAGGAACAGAUCGGCUCACAUCCGGUUGAUGGAGGCUCAGGAGUUUGGAGAGAUGAUGAAGGAGCACGUCGACGAGGUCAAUUUCGCUCUCAAUGGCCUUAGGAAACCCCAGCCCGUACGGAUCAGAAGGGCUAGCUUGUUGUCCAUAUGCACCACUUGUACAGCAGAGACGCCUCUUGCGGACUCAAACCAGUGAAGGCGCUGAGGAAGCUGUCAAAAAGACUGUUGAAGUGGAUAGGCUGAUAGAUACACUGAGGGAUGCAAAUCCAAAUGAACUUCAGAAGCUUGUUGUUGAAAAUGUCCUUGCUUUCAAUGAAGGUUUUUGGAUACGCCUUGCAGCAAGAACUGAUACCUGCAAAUCAGAGGAUGAAGGAUUAUGAAGAAUUGGCAAUAUCUGUAAUGAGCAUAGUGUAUUGCCUUGUCCAUAAGACUAAGGAAAAAAUAGAGUCAUCCACUGAUGUUCUCAAGGAGAUACUAAAACCAGUGGUUGAUGAAGUGGAAGAGGUUCGCUGGCCUCCUAGAGAUCCCAAGGCCCUCAAAUUGAUGGAGAAAGAGAUAAACCCAAGGGAACAAGAAGGGCAACUAGAUGAAGGCUUUCUUUCAGAGGUCAAUGCACAGCUACGGCAAGCAAAAGAAGAUGUGGAUAAGCCAGGGCUGGAGGCUAUGUUGCAAAAGGUUUUGCAACUUUAUGCUUCCAGAGUUCUCUCCAAACGUAGUUAUGCAAAGAAAGUUUGGCGUGGACUACAAAAAAGCAUAGGCAUAGGGGAGAUGGAGAGACAUCUUAGGCCAGCACCACUGUCGGACUCUAACCACCAAAAAAUUUGCAUCCCUCAAUUGGUGGUACAUUGUUAGAGGUGGGUAUUCUUUGCUUAGGGAUCCAUAGUACAACAAAGGACUUACCAAUGCUUUGGUCAUUCAAUUGACUCCUUGCUGCCAGUCUGUACUUGCUGUCAUGCUAGCAAAAACAGGGGUUUCAGUCGGUUUUACAUGUUAUUAGAUUUGAACCAAUGACUCUCACUGUAUGAAAGCGAACCGCUAAGUCAAGUAAGUCAAGCUGAGUCAAAUCAGAGAAAAUAGACUCCUAUAAGAGAGCUGUUUGGGAAGAUGCUAUAUGGGAUGGAUGUCAUCUACAAGAGUGAUGUAGAAGGAUAUAUUUAGUUAUUGUUUUGGGAUGUUAUUCUAUUUGGUCAAAGAGAACUUUUAAAUCCUCUAUUAUUGUUGAGAUUUGCAUAUUGUACAUAUUUGUUUUACUGUGGUUAAAAAAAGGUUAAUUGAUGCAUUUUCUUAGAGAUUAUUAUUAUUGUAGAUGUUUAAAUGAAGCAGAGCGUGAACAUUGACUGAACCCUACUGAAUUGUUAUAGCAAUGUUAACUAUUGUUUGUCCAA